UGGGAUACAUCUCCGCUUGUAAACAAUGGCAGCUCAUGUUGAAUCAGGCUCUGUUUCGGAAUCCAGCGUGUACUCGAUAGCCGAUAGAAUACGGCUCGGUCACUUCCGUUUCUGGAAUAGACUAGGCCUAGGCUACAUGCUUGUGCGUGCUGCUGCUGCGUUGUACGGUUAAGUUUCAUUUGGCUGAAGUAACAAUUAGAUUUUCGAAGCAAAUUAAAAGCUGGCGUAUCCAACUUCGAAAUAAUUUUCCCCAUGGCUAAAGGUUGUUCACUAAUCACUGUCUUUGAUAUCACAUCUGGAGAAAUACGUCGAUGAGACAACACAGACUAAAUAACCAUAACCGGCAAUAGAUCUUAGUCUACCAAACUUGCAGACCACAAGAUAACUGAACAGGGCUACAACAUGAAGAACUUGACGGAACUGCAGAACUCCUAUCUCACCAGCCUAAAAGCCAUUACGACAUCAUCUAGUAACAGAAAACUGGCCCAGCAAAAGAAAGAUGACGAGAAAAAUCAUUGGAAAGCAAACUAUUCCUUUGAAAAAGAAAAGGAAGCGGCACGGAAGCAAUUUCCUCUGACUUCUAACAUGGUUGUUAUGUCUCUUUUGUUUUGGAUCGUGAUAUCUGCUUUAGUCUAUUUAGUUGUUUCGUACAGCAUUCUCUAUGCCCGCAUCAAGCAAGAAAGUGAUCUUGAUGGGCCUUGCAGACAGAUAUUCAGCACUCUCAAAGAAGAGAAUUUAAAAAUUCUGGAGAACUACACAUACGGAGAUGCCAGUGCCUAUUUGGCCCGACUGAAGCCCCCGUCUUCGGUAGAAGAUUUUCCGAUGGAAUCUAACACUUUGCCGCCUCUAGUCACCGGUGUGACGUCAGAUCAGUUUUACCAGCUGCAGGGUCUCAUCCAUCACCUUGCAGAGGACAUAAAGCCCACCCACUCGGACGUGCAGCUCAUAGUGUACGACUUAGGACUUUACCAGAAAGAGAGAGAACUGCUGAAGAAAUACGGCCAUUGUGAAGUGAGGGAUUUUGACUAUGAGAGUUUCCCUCGUCACGUCUCCUUCAGGGAGACCUAUGCGUGGCGACCCAUUGUAUUGCAGAACGUAUUACUGGAACAUGGAUCUGCAAUGUAUGUUGAACCAACAACCAGAUUCAAAAACCCGUCGUCUCCAAACUAUCUGCGCAUGCGUGGGUCGCGAAGCUACUUUGUGUGGGACCACGUGCUGUUCACGUCGCUCGUGGCGUACUCGGACAGAGACAUGUUCACGUUCGUCAACGAGAACCGAUGCACAUUCAAGGAGUGCAGCUUGCUGAGCCCAGAGGCAAUAGUUUUAUACAGAACGGAGACCACUUGGAAUGAGUUGAUGAAGCCGUGGCUGAAGUGUGCACUCAACGAAGACUGCAUAAGUCCCCAACAUGCGCGCUACAGCGGAUGCUUCGACAUCCGGCGCCCGAGAACAACGGGGUGUCACCGCUACGACAUGUCCGCUCUCACGAUGGUGCUGAACCGGGCCAGUCAGUACACCAUAGGGACGGAGAGAAUGGUCUCCUUCCGGCUGACGUACACGGACGACACGGAGGUGUCGCUGUUCCCCGAGCAGCCGUGGAGCUACAAGCAGAUUGUGUUUCUCGUUCUAGCCCCCGUCUUGCUAGUUUUGAUUUACAAGUUUGGUUACAAAAAACGAAGAGGAUAUCGAUUUUUUUAGAGAGAAAUUGCAACCCGUGAAGGUUAGAAACUUACCUCUUCUUACAUCAGUUUUGAGAAGAAUGCUUUGUCACAUUUAACUUACAAGAUCUAAAGAGGGAAAAAAUCUUUCAAUCUUAAGCCUUUCUAAAAGUAGGUCUGCAUACAAAAAUGCAACUGUAUAACUUAUAAGAAGAUAUAUUGGUCUAUUCCAUCAAAAAUGGCCCCCAAAAAAAAUCAAGAUUUGACAAGAACUUACAGAAAAUAAAAGGUCAAUGUUCCUUGCACCAAUGAAAAAUUAUUUAAAAUUGAAAA